AUGGCCACACAAACAACGACGACGACGGCAAGCGCCCCCGACGAUGCCGUCCAAAUGCGUAGGCUAGGAACGAACGGCACAGUCCUUCAAGAGAGGAAUUCAGACUUAACCGGAGAGGAUCAUGUAGAGCCUGAGACUCACUCAGCUGAAGAAGCUCAGGAAUAUCCGACCGGUUUGAAGUUCUGGGUCAUCAUCCUCACUAUAAGUGCUUUGGUUGCUCUUGGAGGGCUGGACACCAACAUUGUCGCCACCGCUGUUCCUAGUAUAACGGAUUAUUUCCACACUGUUGCUGAUGUCGGCUGGUAUUCUUCGGCAUUCCGGCUCUGCUCUUGCGCAUUUCAGUUCGUUUUUGGCAAGCUAUACAAACUGUUCUCCAUAAAGCGUAUAUUCUUGCUCGCCCAGGCUAUCUUCUUGGUGGGCUCCUUGCUCUGCUCCACAGCCGCGACAUCGUCCAUGUUUGUGCUUGGGAGAGCUGUGACCGGAGCGGGCUUUGCGGGGAUUAUCGGGGGAUUUUUCACAAUUCUUGUGCAUAUACUCCCUCUCCGCCGACGACCAUUCUUCUGCGGCAUAUUGGGCAUUAUUGAGAGUGUGGCUAUUCUUGCCGCACCCAUCGUUGGCGGCCUCCUGACCCAAUCACUUGGUUGGCGGUGGUGUUUCCGGAUCAACCUACCCAUUGGAGGCGUGGCGCUUUUAAUGACUAUAUUCUUGUUCCCGGACCCAAAGCCCAGCGACACGAGCAUUACUUUCAGGCAGAAGCUAGUUGAACUUGACCUGCUAAGUAACCUGCUAUUCAUCCCAGCGCUGACCAGUCUUUUUAUCGCGCUUUCUUGGGCCGGUACGAAAUACCCCUGGAAAGACGGCAAAGUUAUUGGCCCUCUCGUUGCCUUUGCCGUCCUCAUCAUCGCUUUCCUGUAUAACCAACGCCGGCGAGGUGACGCAGCUGCGUUACCGCCCCGUCUUAUAAAAAACCGCAACGUUAUUGCCGCCGCUAUCUUCACAAUGUGCUGCAAUAGCGCUUCUAACGUGCUUGAGUAUUACUUACCCACCUACUAUCAAGUUGUACGCGAGUACUCCCCUAGUAGAAGUGGAUAUAUGAUGGUCCCAAUCGUGAUUGGAGCUACUAUCGGAAUGCUACUCUGCGGGUCGGGGACCAGCACGAUCGGUUACUAUACGCCAUUCAUGCUCUUCUCUUCGGCGUUGAUGCCCGUCUUUGCGGGCCUCAUAACAACCUUUGGAGUAAAUACGAACUUUGCACGACUUAUUCUGUACUCUGGCGUAUACGGCUUCGCAAGCGGAAUAGGCUUCAACGCACCUAUCAGUGCCGUACAAACAGUACUACCCACCGACGAUGUCUCACUAGGCCUGUCUAUUGUGCUCUUCGCACAACAUUUUGGUCCGGCCGUGUCUAUUGCCAUAGCGCAAGUGAGUUUUACGAAUGAGAUCUCGGCUAACCUAGCCCGACUUGUUCGAGGUCUGAAUCCUGCCGCUAUUGAAGACCAGGGGCUAUCGGAAAUAGUGGGACGUGCACCGCCGGGCCUACAUGAAGAGAUUCUUGUGGAUGUUGGUAGAAGUGUUAGUAAAACAUGGUAUCUGUCUGUUGGACUGACGAGUGCAACUUUGAUUGGGAGCUUGCUCAUGGAGUGGCGGUCGGUCAAGCAAAAGAGCGCUUAA